UGACAGUGAAGCUGAAGGUUGCUCUGUUUGUGGCUGUGUAGUAAAGCUGCUAAAGAAUGUUUAAGUAUCGCAUCCGGAUGUUUUUUAAUGAACUCAAAGUGUUGCUACUGAUGCGCUCUGGAUCAAGCAGGAGGACGGACACUGACCCGAACACACAGACUACGAUGAGAGGGCUCGCUAUUGGAGGCUGUGGUUGGCCACAGCUGAGCUGCUCUCAGCGGGACGACGAGGAGGAGUACUAUGGCUCUGACCUCCGGCCACGCAGCCUGGCGUUUGAGGAUAAAGAAGGUUCCAAACCUCAGGGAGGAGGAGUGGGAAGCAUGGAUGCUGCUUCACUCCCGAGUCUCUCAGAGAGCGGGACGCGAUCACCGCAGUGCCGGAUCUGCUUCCAGGGGCCAGAAAAGGGGGAGUUGCUGAGCCCUUGUCGCUGUGAUGGCUCAGUGCGCUGUACCCACCAGUCCUGCCUUAUCCGCUGGAUCAGUGAGAGAGGCUCCUGGAGCUGUGAGCUCUGCUACUUUAAGUACCAGGUGUUGGCCAUUAGAACCAAAAACCCACUGCAGUGGCAGGCCAUCUCUCUGACUGUGAUUGAGAAGGUACAGAUUGCAGCCAUUAUCCUCGGCUCUCUGUUCCUCAUCGCAAGUAUUUCCUGGUUGGUUUGGUCCUCUCUCAGCCCCUCAGCCAAAUGGCAACGGCAGGACCUUCUCUUCCAGAUAUGCUACGGCAUGUACGGCUUCAUGGACAUAGUUUGCAUAGGCCUUAUAAUCCACGAAGGAUCAUCUGUCUACCGGAUCUUUAAGCGCUGGCAGGCGGUGAACCAGAAGUGGAAAGUGCUGAAUUAUGACAAAGCAAAGGACUUAGGGGACCCCAUCAGUUCCAGCAGCAAAAGCACUGUUCGAGUAGAGAGGAACUCUUCUCACACUGUCACAGACAGCAGCCGGAGGGCAAACCGCCAUAUCAGGACUAUUCUGAACCACCACUGUGGCUACACUGUUUUACAUUUCCUCAGCCAGCUAAGACCCAACAACUUGCACAGCAGCAACCAUGAGGUGGUCAUGAGAGUGACCACCGUAUGAAGCUGACUAAAGUGCUAUAAUGUUUAAGGAGGAGAAAAGUGUUGAUUGGGGUUUAAUUAAAUAAAAUCCCAAUCUGCCAUAUAAACACUGCCAUGAACUUCCACUUUCAUAUUUCCUUCUCAGAUUCUGCUGGAGUUAAGGAUGAGUAUUACCUAUUUUGUGAGAAACUUGAAGUUUUUAUUUGAGACUUUAAAUGUGAAGCCUGUGAAUUGAGAAAAAACCCCCAACAGAUUUUGAAAAGAAAAAGCUUCUUUCUUAAAGCAAGUAACCAUUUUUAACACUAUGACUAAGGUUUCAAAAUGUAACCAAACAAGUUUGUUUUACUUAGAAAAGAAUAAAGUUUGAUUUGGAUUUGUUGUUAAGGUGGAUUUGGAUCUGACAACGUAAGGGAGAUUUUGAUGGUGAUAAUGAUUGUGCUUCUACGUAUGACCACUGUAGCAGUUCCCUUUCUAAUGUUUCUGUGUAUUUCUGAGGGUUUGCCAUGAUCUUGGUAACUUGUGCUGUUUUCACUUAAAGUUGAACUGAUGGAUAAGUCAAGAAAAUGCCCAAUAAAACUUUAGGAUGUGUUAAAAGUGCAUAGAAUGUCACAUUUUAUGUUCUGGGUUUUGUCUCGUCUCAAUUUAGGAAACAAAGA